CAAUGCCGAAGGAUGCUUGCCAGUCCGUCAUUAUCUUCCGCCAGAUUUACAACGUCGAGACACAAAUUGUUUGCUCAUGCUCAUCCGCGUCUACGCCGUCUUCUCCCGCGACCGACGAGAGCUUGCGUGUCUUCUGUCUUAUACAGCCGUCGGCGUUAGCAUUGGCUGGGUGGGCCCUUUUCGGGCAGUCCUCCGCCGCCGAACCUGCCGUCGUCAAGUGCUUGGUGUAUAAUCGAGGGGGGGAGGCUCUCGGCCGAACGCUGUUAAGGCGGUCGGCGCGGGUGACGAAGGAGGAGGGGAAACGGGGCUUGAGGCGGUCGGCGCGUCGCGUGCGAAGAAGGAGGAGGGGGUGGGGGCUGAGGGCGGUUGGCGCGGUGAAGAAGGAGGAGGGGGAAGGGGGGCUGGAGCGGUCGGCGCGCUUGAGGCGAUCGGCGCGCCGCGUGCGAAGAAGGAGGAGGGGGUGGGGGAUGAGGGCGGUGGGCGCGGUGAAGGAGGAGGAGGGGGGAGGGGGGGCUGGAGCGGUCGGCGCGCUUGAAGCGAUCAGCGCGCCGCGUGCGAAGAAGGAGGAGGGGGUGGGGGAUGAGGGCGGUCCGGGCGCUUGAGGCGGUCGGCGCGCCGCGUGCGAAG